AUGCCGCCAUUUCUCCCCCGCAAGCGAGCCUCUUCCGGGGACCCGCCCCCAGCCAAGCGCCAGGCUCGGGCCGAUGCCCAAGCUCCAGCUCCAGCUCCAGCGCCGGCGCCUGCACCAGCCCCGUUCCACCUCUCGGAUUCCAACUCGGACUCUGAUUCGUCCCUGAGCGAUGCGCCAAAUGGUCUGCUCAGCAAAGAGAACACGACACAGCCGGAGGAAUCUGAAGAUGACGAUGACAUUGACUGGGAGGAUGCAAUCGACACCAAGACCACGAGCGCCACCACGCCAACAGCGCCAGCUCCUGAGCUACAAGAUCUAGAGUUGACUUUAGAUCAGAAUGAAACACACGUCUUGGACUUGCUUGAUGGCAAGAAGGGACCUAGCAAGAUCGAACGCCAGAUUCGGAUCCAGACACACUGCAUGCAUGUCCAAUGCUUGCUUUUCCACAACGCCAUUCGGAACUCUUGGUGCAAUGACGCUCAGGUUCAUAAUAUCCUGAAAAACAAGCUGCCAGAAGGACUGAACAAAGAAGUUAAGAAAUGGCGCAUUGCUUCUGGCCUGGAGCUUCCGGAGCCCAAGCCCGAACCACCAAAGAGCAAGAAGAAGGGGAAAAAGGCACAGAAAAAUAAGGAUUGGAGCGCGGAUUCUGAGAGACUGGAGCCAGGAACACCUGAUAUGAGCAGGGGAGAUCCAAUUCUCACAUUGAUGAAGGUGCUGGUUGCCUACUGGAGGAAACAGUUCCGUAUCGCGGCGCCGGGGCUACGAAAGUCUGGCUAUCGGCCCGUGUCUGCACUUGAAGCCACGAUAACUGAUUUCCGCGAGGAGCCGCACGAUCCAGAAAAACAUGGUGAGCGUAUUGCUAACCUGAAGGAGUUUCGUGCAACUGCAGAAGCUAUGGAAGGUUCGCGAGACGUUGGAGCGCAGCUGUUCACGGCGCUUGUGCGAGCCAUUGGCAUCGAGGCUAGGCUUGUUGCUAGUCUGCAGCCGCUUGGAUUCGGAUGGACCAAGGGAGAGACUUACACACCACCACCCGAAAAAGAAUCGCAUGAAAACAACCAAGAGAUUGAACAGACAUCUGACACAUCUGAAUCGGAGACUGACUUGGUUGAAGUAAAGUCAUCAGUCAAGAAGCCCAAUAAACAGUAUGACAAGGACUUGCCGUUCCCGAUCUAUUGGGCAGAGGUCGCAUCGCCUGUCACAAACGAGAUAAUAUCUGUUGAUCCACUUGUACUUUCCAAUCCCGUGGCACCAUUUGCAAAUACCGACUUGCUCGCAAAUUUUGAGCCACGAGGUGCUAAAGCAGAUCGGGCCAAGCAAGUUAUGUGCUAUGUCGUGGCUCAUUCGGCAGAUGGCACUGCAAAGGAAGUCACCACGCGGUAUCUUCGACGGCGAACUUGGCCCGGCAAGACCAAGGGAUUCCGAAUGCCACUAGAAAAGGUUCCCUUCGGUCGAAAAGGUCACUACAUCACAUUCGACUGGUUUGGCAUGGUAAUGUGUGGCUAUCAACGAGCUCGAAAAAGCAAGACAGCCGUUGACAAGCUCGAGGAAAGUCGGGAUCUACAACCCAAUCAACCAGAGAAGAAGAAAACAACUCAAGAAAACGACACUCUACAAAGUCUCCGUACUUCCACCGAAUUCGUGCUGGAGCGCUUCCUCCGCCGCGAAGAGGCCCUCCGCCCCGGGGCUGAACCCGUCCGUACAUUCGUCGCAGGCAAAGGAGCUCGUGCCAAAGAAGAGCCCGUCUUUCGGCGCGAAGACGUGCUGAAAUGCCUAUCAGCCGAAAGCUGGCAUAAAGAAGGUCGUCAGACCGUCACUGGAGCCAAACCACUUAAGCGUGUGCCUAUCCGCGCGGUCACACUUAUUCGUAAACGCGAGGUUGAGGAGCUGCAGCGCCAGACUGGCGAGAAACCGCUCCAGGGUCUUUAUUCUCGUGACCAGACAGAAUACAUCAUUCCACCGCCAAUUCAAGAUGGUCGAAUUCCGAAAAACGAAUAUGGAAAUAUUGACUGCUUCGUGCCAAGUAUGGUGCCCGCCGGUGCUACGCAUGUUCCUUUACCUGGUAGUGUGCGGGUCUGCAAGAAACUCGGUAUCGACUAUGCUGAAGCUGUGACUGGAUUUGAAUUCGGAUCUAAGAUGGCGGUUCCUGUGAUCCAGGGCGUGGUCAUCGCCGCUGAAAAUGAGGAUUUGCUCCGAGAUGCCUGGCGUGCCGAUGCUGCCGAGAAGCGAAAGAGAGAAGAACUCAAAGCUGAGAAGAAGAUUUUGCAGACUUGGCGGAAGUUCCUUUUUGGCUUGCGGAUUAUGGAGCGUGUGAGAGAUGAAUAUGGUGGUCGGGAUCCCAUUGCUGAUCGCGAGCGGGACUCGCAUAAUCCUUUUGCUGCGCAGAAGAAAAAGGCAGACGAUGAGCCUGAGGAUGAUGAAGAACUGGAUGAUGCGGAACCUUACGACCCCAUCGAUCAUGGAGGAGGAUUCCUUUUGCCUGGUCAUGAUGAUGUGGAUGAUGGGUUGAUCAUUGAGCAUCAAGAUGAACAAAGUCAUACAGGCCCAACGAAGACUCGUUCCAGUGCCGAGGUGUCAGGUGCUGGACCCCCCGCCGACGAAGCACUUCCAAUAUCUAUCAAGUCAGAUUCUGAUGGUGAGGCGGAUACUGGCGAUGACGAGGAAGACUCAGAGCCCGAGUAUGCGCCUCGUCCAACGCGACGAAGUGCACGAGGCCAGUAA